AAGCGGGCGGGAAGAUGGCGGCGGCAGCAGCCGCGGUGUGUGGGGUGCGGGCCCUGCUCUGCGUGGCGCUGGUCGGCACGGCGCUGGGCAAACGCAGCCCCGUGAAGGUGCUGUCUGACGGCAUGUGGCGGGAGCUGCUUCAGGGAGAGUGGAUGGUGGAGUUCUAUGCCCCUUGGUGUCCCGCCUGCCAGAACCUCCAGCCUGAGUGGGAGAAGUUUGCCGAGUGGGGGGAGGAUCUGGAGGUGAACAUUGCCAAGGUGGAUGUCACGGAGCAGCCGGGAUUAAGUGGACGAUUUAUCAUCACAGCUCUUCCCACCAUCUACCACUGUAAAGAUGGAGAGUUCAGGAGGUACCAGGGUGCAAGGACAAAAGCUGAUUUCAUCAAUUUCAUCAGUGAGAAGGAAUGGAAAUCCAUUGAACCUGUUUCAUCUUGGUUUGGUCCUUCCUCUUUCCUGAUGAGCAGCACCUCAGCUUUGUUUCAGCUGUCAAUGUGGAUCAGGCACUGCCAUGGGUACUUAACAGAACACGUUGGGAUUCCUGUCUGGGGCUCAUAUGCUGUUUUUGCCUUGGCAACUCUCUUCUCAGGACUGAUACUGGGACUUAUCAUGGUGUUCUUAGCAGACUGCAUCUGUCCAUCCAAAAGGCACAGAGCUCCACAGUACCCACAUUCAAGAAAGCUAGCUCCAGAGUCAGCUCAGCUGCUGAAAAAGCUGGAUGAGGAGCAGGAGGCAGAUGAGGAGGACAUCUCAGAUGAUGAAACAGAGAGUCAAGAGGUGCCUGACAAAGACUCCUCACCCCACACCGUCAGGCAGCGCCCUGUCCACCCUGCUGCUGCAGUGGACAAAUCUUAGUGGGAGUUGCCUGCAGGGUGAGUGGUGGAGUCACCACCUCCAAAAGAAGAUGAUAAAUGUCAGAACCUGCAGCUUGGAGAGAAGGAUGACUCCUGUCCUGGUAACACUGAUGCAUUUCAUCAAUUCAGAAAAAAACAAAACAAAGCAAAAGAAUGCCUGGUUGGCAUCAGGUAUUUGAAACUAAAACAUCCUUGUUGAAAACAGCUGAAACUUCUGUCAGUGAGUGGAGAAGGGCCAAGAAAUAAUUUAUGUAGCUUCUUGAAUGACUUGUUCCAGAGGGAUUAUUUUUUUUAAAUAGAAAAUAAAUCAGUGUGCUUGUGUUAGGGAACAUUAGCAAGGAGUGUGCACUCUGCUGUUGGCUGUUAAAGCAGCCAGGAAGGUUUCUCAGCAUAAAUCUAGUUUUGCUCUGAAGAAAUGCUGAGGGCAAAAGUUCCUUUCAAUUAUGUGACAUAUUCCAGGCUUUUUUCUGUGACAAAAAACUGCUUUCUGCCAUGACAGUGAGUGCUACAACCCCCACCCCCCUCUGUCUUUCUCCUUCUAAAGAGAUAAAAGUUCUUGUCUUCAUUUAGAGGAACAGAAGUUGACCUCUGAACAAAAUCUGGGGAGCUGCUCUCAGCCAUCCUCCCAGGUGGGAAUUCCCACAAGCUGUGUGGUGUGGAUUCCCUGGCUGACCCAGAAACCUGCUCUUGGCAUUGAUUUCUUGUAGAAAAGGCUGCAAAAAGCCAUAGGAGCUUCUCAGUGAAGUAAUUCUCUAGAAAAAAAAGCAGCACCUGUAGUCUUGUUUUGUCUCAGUGACUCAGAUUGGGAAUAGUUUACAUGCAGGGUCCUCUGCUGAGUACAAAUCCUCCCUGUUCCUCUUGCUGGCUGGCAGGAGGACUCUGCUUCUUUUUAAUACAUUACCCCUGAUUUCUGCUUAAUUCUUUUAAAAAAAAAAGACAAACAACACCCACCCUUUAGUCCACUGUUUUCUCUGUGUUUUUUGUUUUCACUCUGUGUAAAAAAUAAAAUGCCCAGGUGCAGGGGGCCAGUGGUACCUUGUGUGGCUUGCAAGGAGUUUUCCAUAGUCUUGUAGGGAAUUCCCAAAGUCUUGGCAAGGGAAGGGUUAGCCUCAUGCUGAGCACACUUAGGUUUUUGGACAAGCCUUUUCUUGCUGGGGUGUUUUGGUUGGUUUUCUUUCCAGUCCUGCUUUGGUUUGAAGUUGUUUGCAGCACUGGCAGGUGAUAAAUCCUGUCCAAUAGGAGCAUGAGGAGUGAACAGAAAGCUAGGGAAGCUCUUGGUGUUUGGCUGGAGCCAGACUUUCCUCCUGAUUGUUGUGGGGACAGAGCAUUAGAUAAGGAGCUCAGAAUUAACUUGGGAUGAGAGGGAAAUAUUGGAGGGGGAAAUACUCAGAAUUCUUGCAGGCCCAAUCAGCUUGUGAAAGAACACACCAUGUUCUGUCUCAGUCUUGAAUACUUCUUUUUAAGUUGUGUUUUAAGUGUGUGAUUUUCAUAGAUUUUUAUUCAUCCUCUGUGCUAUGAAUGGGGG